GAUUUCUUGAAUGCAUCCUUCCUCAAAUCCUAAACCAGUGUUUUCCAGCACGACCUUCAGGGACCCCCCAGCCUUUACACAUUUGCUUCAAUGGCACUGGAGGGGAUGGCUGCCGUUUUACGGGCUUCUCACCAACUGUGCUAAUUUGGGUGUUUGUCGCAUUGUUUAACUUAUUUUGUACAUGAUGUUGCUGCUACUGUGUCUUGUGACCAAAAAGAGCUUCUGGAUAUUAGAAUCCCGAUUACUCAAUUCGAACUGGACAAAGAUUUUUUAUUUAAUGAGUCCGACUACUACUACUACUACUACUUUGAGACCAGGCACAAAUCCCCGUGAUUCACGUGAAGAAAAUACGGAAAUACAGGGAGCUGAGAUUGGGGUGCCUUGUGAGAAUUUGUCGGCGAGUGGGUGACCCACCUCUACCAUUCGUUCAAUUAUUCAACGUGAAAUUAUUGGAGAAUAAAGAGGAUGAUCUUCGUUCGAGACUAUCCGGCAAAGGGACAUUAAACUGUAAUAUCUUAUGUUUCACCGAGUCGUGGUUGAACGACAACACGGAUAUUAUAUAAUUGGCUGGGUUUUCUGUGCAUCGGCAGGACAGAACAGCUACAUCUGGUAAGACAAGGGGUGGGGGUGUGUCUAUUUGUCAAUAACAGCUGGUGCGCGAUGUCUAUUGCUCGCUUGAGGUAGAAUACCUCAUGAUAAGCUGUAGACCACUCUAUCUACCGAGAGUUAAUAUUUUUCGUAGCCAUCUAUUUACCAUCACAAACUGAUGCUGGCACUAAGACCGCACUCAACGAGCUGUAAAAGCAAACAAGAAAAUACUCAUCCAGAAGCAGUGCUCCUAGUGGCCCGGAACUUUAAUGCAGUGAAACUUAAAUCCAUUUUACCUCAUUUCUACCAUCAUGUUACAUGUGGAACCAGAGGGGGGGGGAACUAGGUACCUUUACUGCAGACACAGAGACGCGUACAAAGCUCUCCCUCCAUUUGGCAAAUCUGAUCAUAAUUAUAUUCUCCUGAUUCCUGUUCAAUGUUGUCUACACAGUGAUCGUACGUACGUAUCCCAACCAGAAGCCAUGGAUUACAGGCAACAUCCGCACCGAGCUAAAGGCUAGAGCUGCCACUUUCAAGGAGUGGGACACUAAUCCGGAUGCUAUUAAGAAAUCCCAUUAUGCCCUCAGGUGACACAUCAAACAGGCAAAGUGUCAAUUCAGGACAAAGAUUGAAUCUUACUACACUGGCUCUGAUGCUUGUCAGAUGUGGCAGGGUUUGUAAACUAUUACGGACUACAAAGGGAAACCCAGCAAUGAGCUGCCCAGCAACGUGAGUUUACCAGAUGAGCUAAAUGCCUUUUUAUUUUCCGUUUUCCAAUGUGAGCAAGACCUUUUAAACAGGUCAACAUUCACAAGGCCGCGGGGUAAUUCAGACAGAUUACCAGGACAUGUACUCAGAGCAUGCGCGGACCAACUGGAAAGUGUCUUCACUGACACUGACAAUCUGUAAUACCUACAUGCUUCUAGCAGACCUCCAUAGUCCUUGAGCCCAAGAAUACGAAGGUCACCUAACUAAAUGACUACCGCCGUACCACUCAUGCCGGUAGUGCUUUGAAAUGCUGGUCAUGGCUCACAUCAACACCAUCCCGGGGUGCGUGCUUAGUCCCAUCCUCUACUCCCAGUUCAAGCACGACUCCAACACCAUCAUUAAGUUUGCUGAUUACACAACAGUGGUAGGCUUGAUAACCGCCAACGAUGAUACAGCCUAUACGGAGGAGGUCAGAGACCUGGCAGUGGCGUGCCAGGACAACAACCUCUCCCUCAACAUGAGCAAGACAAAGGAGCUGAUCAUGGACUACAGGAAAAGGAGGGCCGAACACGCCAAAUUCACAUCAACGGGGCUGUAGAGGAGCAGGUUGAGAGCUUUGGUGUCCACAUCACCAACAAACUCAUGGUCCAAACACACCAAGACAAUCAUGAAGAGGGCACGACAACACCUUUUCCCCCUCAGGAGACUGAAAAGAUUUGGCAUGAAUCCCCAGAUCCUCAAAGUUCUACAGCGGCACCAUUGAAAGAAUCACUGCCUGGUAUGGCAACUGCUCUGCAUCUGGCUGUAUGGUGCUACAGAGGGUAGUGUGUACGGUCCAAUACAUCACUGGGGCCAAGCUUCCUGCCAUCCAGGACCUAUAUACUAGGCGGUGUCAGAGGAAGACCCAGUCACCCAGGUCAUAGACUGUUCUCUCUGCUGCCGCACGGCAUGCGGUACCGGAGCGCCAAGUCUAGGGACUUGGCCACUCCCUUUUAGUAUUUUUCAGUUCUUUUCAAUUCUCAGUUCUUAUAUUCUGUGGGAAAGGGACAGGGCCAAUGGAACCCAGGGACAUGCUUGGAAAUAUGCAUUAUGGUGAUAUUAUUAUCGGAAAUUGGGCUGCACAUAAUCUGGUAGUUCACAUUUUCUGGAAGGAUUUGAAAUCACAUCUACCAGGAUCUAUUUGUCUAACUAUUGGAUAAGGCUUACUGGCAUCUCAAGAUGCAAAAGAUGGAUGGUGUUUCCCUCAAACCAGCAAAUAUCCUAGCACAAUGAUAAAGAAUAGAUAAGAGUCCGAGAUGACCUCCCUUUAAAACUGCUUCGUUAGGCAUAUUUUCUUCCAAUUUGUGCCUACUGAACCAGACCAGGUGUCGUGACCUUUAAGUUAACUGUAUUCUGGGAACCCUUGCGCUCCCUUAUAUACCCACGAGUAUGAUCUUUCCACCAGCAUAAUAGUUUUGUAAUGACCCCUGUCGGGGUAGGUUCCUUGUUCCUUGUCAAUCAUUGGCUUAUUGGUGAAAUCAGCAGUCAGACUAUCUUCUUUAAAUAAACCAAACCUUUAUUAAUGCAAUUGCAGAGAGAAGUUAACAAUGGAAGCACAGCAUGCAUGUUUCACAGUAAGUUCUGCAACCAACCAAAGGGCGCAGCUGAUUAUAUACUUUGAUCACUUCCCUGAUGGUGUGAUCAUCUACUUCAGGGUAUAUGUGCAGCAAUAAGCUGAGGUAACCUAGGACAGUAGCUUCUCUUAAUUCAUUAGCAUUGACAACUUUUCACAAGAUCAAAAUGUCAAAACCAGACACUUGUUACUUCCCUUUAUCUAGUUUCGGUCUGACUCACACCCAGCCUGCAGGUUAAGGCCUUAACCGCAAAGAUAGCUUGUACAAAGUAUAGUGUCAGAGUUCAGACACUUAGCAACAGUACAAUAGUGAGACAAGCAUAUGAAUUUUAAGGUCCCCUUAAUCAAUAAUGGGGAGGGUCUUUGGGACCCUACACGUCAUAAUCCCUGGGCUGUUGGUGUACUCACUCAGAGCCAUCUGCCUACAGAGCUCCAUAAGAGAUAACACACUGCACACCCACACACACUCUCCACAUUGUUGGCACCGGAAGAUCGUUUGCAUCACCGCAAACAAUAAAAUCCCUGAUUAAAUGCAGGAGGUGCCUAGACAACACUAUCAACAUUGACUAUUUUCAGAGAGGAGCAAAGCAGCACACAGACGGUCUCUCCUGUUAAAAGCGUAUCGUUUGACCCAUGGCAAACUUCACUACUACAGAAGAUGACUGCUGCGCCUUUGAGUCUCCCAUCCUGGACCAUGUCCUGCCUCCCAUCCUGGUGCUGGAGUUCAUGUUUGGGCUAAUGGGGAAUGUUGUGGCUCUGUGGAUGUUUAUUUUCCACAUGGACACCUGGAAGCCCAACUCUGUCUACCUCACACAGCUGGCCGUUGCCGACUCCAUCGUCCUGUUCUGUCUUCCAUUCAGAGCCGACUACUACCGACGCGGCAAGCACUGGAUCCAUGGUGAUGCCAUGUGCCGGAUUAUGCUGUUCAUGUUGACGGCCAACCGCGGCGCUGGCAUCUUCUUCCUCACUGCAGUGGCUGUCGACCGUUACCUCAAGAUCGUUCACCCCAUGAACAAGAUCAACCGGAUGGGCCUGAAUUAUGCUCUGUGGGUGUCUCUGGGCCUGUGGGGGAUGAUCAUCGCUGCAACCGGGUACCUGCUGACCAACAAACACUUAUUCUACCGCAACAACCAGACACAGUGCGAGAGCUUCAACAUCUGCAUGGGCUUCAGCCCGCUGUCUAUGUGGCACAACACCUUAUACGUGACCCAGUUCUUCUUGCCCACUGCCAUUGUCACCUUCUGCACGGUCUGCAUCACCUGGCAGCUGAAGAACAAGACGAUCGACACUGGGGGGAAGAUCAAACGUGCGGUGCAGUUUGUCAUGGCCGUGGCACUCAUCUUCAUCAUUUGCUUCUUCCCCAGUACAGUGUCUCGGAUCGCUGUGUGGAUCCUCAAGGCCUGGUACAACGAGUGCCAUUAUUUCAAAGAGGCCAGUUUGGCGUUCUACACCUCUGUGUGUUUCACCUACUUCAACAGCGUGCUGAACCCCAUCGUGUACUACUUCUCCAGCUCUGCCUUUAGUGGGAACUUCCAGAAGCUGUUCAACAGACUGCUGGGGAGGAAAGAGGAGGAGGUACCGCCAGCCUCGCCUGAGACUGGGACCGAGAUCAGCAGUGCAAAUACAGUGUCAGGGAGGAGUAGUAACUUCCAAUCACAGGUCCAGGGUGAGGGCCUGUACUCGCAAAGCGUCUCAGACUUAUUCAUUGUGAUGUAAAAUACAAAACUGAUCCUAGAUCAGCAGUCCUAGGCUUACUCUGAGACGCUUUUAUGAAAAGGUACCCAGGAGAACAAAAUAUCUGACUUUGUGUGAUUUUUCUUCUUCUACUCUAGUGGAAUAUAAGAAUAUUAACCAGAUGUGAAGGAAGUCAAAGAAGUUGGAGAUAGUUGUCUGUUAGAUGUGAAUCUUAACAUUUUUAUGUUAUGUUGAUGUUCUAUAGCUAAAAGUAGAAAUUCAGUGGAAUCUUUAAUUUCAUAUUUACAAUACUUUGUCUUUGAGUUUUGUAUAUUUGCUGGUGAUUCAAGUAAAUUCCUUGUGAACUAGAAAAGUACAUUUCCUAAAGAAAAUGUGUGUGCUUGCUAGCUUGUCUUAAAGUAUUUAUGGUUGUGAAAUAAGUUAUAGUAGUGAUAGUGACUGCAGUAGCAAUGAUAGUGACUGGUUAUAGUUGAAAAAGUAGGCAGAUUUUAUUUGAUUAUUUGAUAGAAUAGGAUAGCCUGAACAUGUGAAGUUGGUUCGGUGUCUCUAGCUUGAACAGUUCAAGAGUUACUAUUAGUGUUGGUGGUUAUUUUAUACUAAUGUUAGUUGUUUUAAUGUUUGUAGAUGAAAUUGUUAAAAAGCAGUAGCUUUUAAAUUGUCUACCACUGUGUUCUUAUGGUUGGCAUUGAAUACAUGAAGUGUUAUGCUAAUUUAUGCAAAUCAAAAUAGUUCAUAAAGGGUUAUAGGAAAUUUGACGUUAGGAUAGCCUGAAUGUUUUAAAGCUGUUGUAGCUUCAUUGGUUUAGGAGCAGGAACGUUUUGAAUAGCUACCACUGUAUUACUAUGUUUCUCAUUCAAAACAAUGUUAAUUUAUGCAUAUUUUUUAUUGUUAUAGUUCAAAAAGUAUAGAUAGGUGGAAAGAUUGUUUUGAUUGAUAACAUGAGAAAGUUAAUUUAGUGUCUCUAGCUUUAACAGAAAGUUAAUUUAGUGUCUCUAGCUUUAACAGUUCAAGAGUAAAUCUUACUGUUGGUGGGUUAUUUUAUGAUAAUGAAAAAUUAUUUAAAUAAGUUAUAAUGUAUAAAGUAAAAAAAUGUUAGUUCUUUCAAUGUUUGUAGCUGAAAUGGUGAAAGCGCAGUAGCAUUUAAAAUGUCUACCACUGUGUUGUUGUUUGACUUUAAAAACAUUACAGUUUAUGCAAAUGUAUGCAAAUUAAAAUAAAUUAUAUUUGAUAAAA